AUGGAUUCUCUCGUGAAAGAUCCUCAAUAUUUCCCUCAAGUCGCCGUCUCCACGCCCGUUAAUGUUGAUUGGAUCGCGGGUAUCACGCACUCUAAUGUCCAACAGGCUGUCAAUGCACUUCUCGGUGACUGUUACGGCCAUACGUCGGCUUCAGACAAGCAUGUCGAUCAGAACGAUGACCUAGCUUUGUUCAAGGUCUUGAACGAUGUUCUCCCGACCAUGUCAUCUCGCACAAGACGACUCUGGAUGAGGGUAGCGCGGCCCUUUGCCCAGAUGCUCCAUAUCUCGCAAAUGUCGCUUUCUACGCAAUGCACCUUCCUCGUCUUUCUAUACGCCAGGGUCUUCGGCUUCUUGGGUCCAGAGAAGGGAAGUGACCCGCCGGCCUGCCUUACACUUGACGGGAGUCCGAUAGAGUUCAGCUGGAUAAUCCCUAACAAGAAGGUUGCAAAGGGGAAGCCAAACCGCAACCUUCGCUGCGUCAUGGAACCAUUUGACCCUCGUGGAUCAGGGUCUCCACUGAGAGGAUCUUCGGUCCUCAAGUACUUCUCUUCGUACGCUGGCUCGCUGGGUGGCGUUGUCAGAUGCGACUGGGAUGGCCUGCUGUGGGUUGAGUCGACCGAGGGGUUCUUUUUCCCUCAAGAGUUGAAGAGUGAUUAUGUUCAGGAUGGUGGUCGAUUUGCCAUGGGUUUCGACUUCACGCACUCCGGUAUCAUCACCCUGAAAGCGUACUUCCUAUCUUUCGAGCAUCCCCCUUGGGUUGGCUCCCCGGAAACGUUCAAGACAAAGAGCCCCCUUUGCAUUGGAGAUACCGAACUUUCACCUCUUCGUGACUUCGCGGGACAAAUCCACCCGUCCUUCGCAAAAUCCUGCGACAUGAUCAUAGAUCACAUGCAUUCCUUGGAGACAAAGGAACGUCCUGUCUACGAAUUCGCAUCAAUGGAUUGCAAAUCCCCCGGAUCCAAUCGUCUUAAACUAUACACUCGCUCCCUAGCGCGAACAAACUUCUCAGCUAUCAAGGAAGACUUCACUCUCGGCGGAAGAAUUCAUACUCCAGAAUUGGAGGGCGCGCUCUUAGUGCUCGAAAAGCUCUGGAACAGCGUAUUCCCUGAUUUCUCAUCCGCAAUCGACAAGCCCCUUGAAGUAGCUGAUACUGGAGAAGACGACAACGGCCAUCCCCAGGGCGGUCUGCCUUACCACUACGAAUUCGCGAUCGGUGAUGCGAUGCUCUACCCCAAGGUCUACAUCCCUGUCCGAUUCUAUUCCACGAACGACCUCGAAACUUCCCGUAGAAUAGAAAAGUUCUACGAUAGCGUUGGCAUUGAAGGUCCCGAAGGCGGCGAGCAAGGUCCGGGUUGGGUAGAGCGUGAAGUGGCCAAGUGCUUCGAACAUAGAACCGACCUUGAUAAGCGCACCGGAUGUCGAACCUAUCUCAGCUUUGGCCUGAGGAAGGGUGGAUGGGAGGUAACGAGCUACUUCUCCCCUGAGCUGUUCAGCAGUGGGCAUACCGAGAUUGAGUUGAGAGCGUGACCAAACAUUCAUACGUGCUCUGUCAGGCUGUCCUCGUGAGAAUGCGAGCUUCCCCUUUGGAGAUGUGGCUCCCAUGAUGGUUUAUUCUUACGAUUCAUGUGUAGAUAUUUUUAUGGUGGGUUGUUCAGCUAUCUGUCUCUUUUUAGAUU